UUCUCGUGUUCAACAUGGCUGCCUCCUUGGCCAGAGUUUGCCGCUAUGUUUUACGACACAGGUCUUGCUUUCAGCAAACUACAAGCGUUACACUCAAAUGCAAAUUCCACCGUUCGGUUUCUGUGUGCAACGGGCUUCUACGCGGACUCAAUAAACGCGGACUCGUGAAGGACUCUUUCCCGGAUGACGCGGGGCACGAUCGACUCCCUCGCCUGCUUCAGUCGGGUGCUCAGACCGUGUACUGCGGCUUUGACCCCACGGCCGACAGCCUUCACGUCGGCCACCUGCUCGCCCUCAUCGGCCUGUUGCACUUCCGAAGCGCCGGUCACCAUGUGGUCGCCGUGCUCGGCGGGGCCACUGCGCAAAUUGGCGACCCAAGCGGAAAGAACAGUGAGCGAGAACUGCUGUCCGCGGACGCCGUGGAGGGUAACACGCGCGGCAUCCGCGAGAGCAUCCACAGAAUUUUCACCAACCACGAACUGCACUUCCACGACGGCUCCAAGACGCAAGGGACCGUGACUGUUUUGAACAACUUGAGCUGGUACAAAGACUGGAACGUGGUCAAGUUCCUGUCUGAGACCGGGAGACACUUCCGCAUGGGGACCAUGCUCAGCCGCCACAGCGUCCAGUCCAGGCUGCGCAGCUCGGAAGGAAUGAGUCUGACCGAGUUCACCUACCAGGCGUUCCAGGCGUACGACUUCUACCACCUGAACCAACUCUACGGCUGCAAGAUCCAACUGGGAGGCACCGACCAGCUGGGAAACCUCAUGUCUGGCCACGACUUCAUUCACAAAGUGAGCGGCGAGGAGGUGUACGGCCUCACCCUCCCGCUGGUCACCAGCUCGACAGGCGACAAGCUGGGCAAGACAGCGGGCAACGCCGUGUGGCUCAACCGUGACAAGACGUCUCCCUUUGAGCUCUACCAGUUUUUUCUGCGGCAGCCUGACGCCAGCGUGGAAGGGUUCCUGAAGCUCUUCACCUUUCUGCCGCUGGCUGAGGUGGAGAACCUGAUGGAGCAGCAGCGAGCAGAUCCCGGUAAACGGCUGGCACAUAAGCGACUCGCAGCUGAAGUGACAAAGCUGGUCCAUGGGAAGGAGGGUCUGGAAAGUGCCAAGAGGUGCACCAAUACUCUGUACCACAGCAGCGUGCAGGCACUGGAGGAGAUGAGCGACUCGGAGCUGCAGGAGCUCUUCCGAGAGGCUCCCUUCCAUGAACUUCUGCUGGAACCAGGGACCACCAUCAUCGAUGCCUGCCGCAGGGUCAAUGCCAUCCCAGACGGUCCCAAAGGGUAUCGGAUGGUUUCGGAGGGAGCGGUGUGGCUCAACCACCAGCGGACAGACAACCCGGAGCAGGUGCUCAUCCCCAAGGUCCACAUCCUGGCCAACGGCCUCACGCUGCUCCGAGUGGGCAAGAAAAACUUCCAUAUUAUCAAGUGGCUCAGUCUGUGAAAGGUAUAUAGGAUAUGUUUGCCUAUAAAUACUUUAGAGUUGAUCAUGUGUAUCUUUAGUUUGGUUAUUAAAAUGAUUUAUUUAAGUUUC